UUCUCUCUCUAGAAAAAUCUCUGAAAAAAUCCGUCGUCUCUGCUCAUCUUCGCCUUCAGGCAGAUCUGUUUCUAUAUUUAGUUAGAAAAAACAAAAUGAAACGUUCAGAAGAGGAAGCAUCAGAGGCACUGCCAUUGCCACCACCGCCGCCGGUGGUUCCACCGGGUGUUGUUCCUGCUAAAGUCCAUGGCUCGAACCGCACACCGAUGGCUAGACGCGGGUCAGGCACCAGAGGGCAGAAGAUCCCACUGUUGGUCAACCACUUUAAUGUGAAAUUGAGCAGCACCAGUGACCACUUCUAUCAAUACAGUGUGGCUUUAUUCUAUGAAGACGGAAAUCCUGUUGAGGCAAAAGGUGUAGGCAGAAGAGUACUCGACAUGCUCUAUAAGUUAUAUAAAUCGGAGAUGGGUGGUAAAGGGUUUGCAUACGAUGGUGAAAAAACUCUCUUUACUGUGGGCCCAUUGCCAGGAACUAAACUUGAGUUUCCCGUGCUGUUGGAGAAUCUGUCAUCAAACAGAACUGUACGCGGUGGCAACCCGAGUGAAGGGGAAACCAAGAGAUCAAGGCGUCAACCUCAGUCUAAGUCAUACACUGUGAAGAUUAAUUACGCUACAAAAGUACCGAUUCAAUCCAUUUUCAAUGCACUCCGAGGACAAGACUCUGAACAGUUCCACGAAGCUGUAAGGGUGCUGGAUGUUAUGCUGAGGCAACAUGCUGCAAAACAAGGCUGUCUUCUUGUUAAGCAGUCUUUCUUUCACAAUGAUCCAAGAAACUCGAUAAGUAUUGGUGGUGGAGUUGUGGGCUGCAGGGGCUUUCAUUCGAGUUUUCGGGCCACUCAAGCGGGUUUGAGUUUGAACAUGGACGUUUCUACUACGAUGAUAGUCAAGCCCGGGAAAGUUGUGGAUUUUCUUAUAGAGAAUCAAAAUGUCAGAAGCCUAAGGGAGAUCGACUGGAUGAAGGCUAAACGGUCGUUAAAGAAUCUCCGAGUCAAGACCUUUCCCUCUAAUCUCGAGUAUAAAAUCAUCGGGUUGAGUGAGGAACCAUGCAGGCAACAGACGUUUUUGAUGAAACAAAGGAAUGCAGACAGUCCUAGUGAUCCCAUAGAGAUCACAGUCUCUGAGUACUACGCUAAGUACCGUAAUCAAGAGCUCAUCGCGUCUCACGAUUAUCCAUGUCUAAACGUUGGGAAACCGAAGCGCCCGGUUUACAUACCACUUGAACUCUGUGAAUUGGUCUCGCUUCAACGGUACACGAAGGCAUUGUCAAGUUUGCAAAGAGCGAAACUUGUUGAGCAAUCCAGACAGAAACCACAAGAUCGGAUGAACUGCUUGACUGAUGAGCUAAAGAGAAGUAACUAUGCUGCUGAUCCUUUGAUCAACUCAACCGGCAUCACAAUCAACACAAUGUGUACUCAAGUUGAGGGCAGAGUUUUGGAACCACCGAAACUGAAGGUUGGAAACGGUGGAGACUUGUUUCCUCGUGGUGGCCGUUGGAGCUUAAGCAACAAAACAUUUGUAGAGCCGACACAGAUCACGCGUUGGGCUGUUGUGAAUUUCUCUGCACGCUGUGACACCAAUAGCCUAUGCAGAGAUCUAAUGAGGUGUUGUAAAGCGAAAGGAAUUCAUCUUGAAGAGCCACAUUCGGUAAUCCAAGAGGAUCGACAGUCUAGCCGCAAACCUGCUCCUGCUCGUGUUGAAUUAAUGUUUGAAGCUAUUAAACGAACACUUCCGGGCCGACCUCGGUUUCUUUUGUGCAUCUUGCCAGAAAAAAAGAACCCUGAAAUAUAUGGUCCGUGGAAGCGAAGAUGCCUCGUGGAAGAUGGGAUCGUUACACAGUGCAUGGCACCCGCUAGAGUCACCGACGCGUAUCUUGCAAGUCUGCUUCUAAAAAUCAAUGCAAAGAUGGGCGGUUUAAACUCUCUGCUAUCUGUUGAAUGUUUGCAAUCUAUACCGUUGGUUUCAAAGAUUUCGACCAUAAUCUUUGGAAUGGAUGUUUCGCAUGGUUCACCUGGCCGUUCUGAUGUUCCUUCCAUUGCUGCUGUUGUUAGCUCGAGAAAAUGGCCACUGAUAUCUCGGUACAGGGCUUCUGUCCGUUCACAAUCUGCACGGGUCGAGAUGAUAGACGCUUUGUUUAAACCUGUAUCUGCAGUAGAAGAUGACGGGAUGAUCAGGGAACUGUUAAUGGAUUUCUAUCAAAGCACUCCGAAGCUGAAGCCGGAGCAUAUCAUUAUUUUCAGGGACGGAGUUAGUGAGUCACAGUUUGAGCAGGUGCUGAACAUAGAGCUUGAUCAAAUCAUGCAGGCAUGCAAGUUUUUGGAUGAUAAAUGGAAUCCAAAGUUUUUGGUCAUGGUGGCCCAGAAAACUCAUCACACCCGGUUUUUUCAACCCAGAUCCGAUGCUAAUGUUCCCGCAGGAACAAUUAUUGAUACUAAAGUCUGUCAUCCUAAGAACAACGAUUUUUACCUUUGUGCUCAAAACGGACCAAUUGGAACUACACGGCCUACUCAUUAUCAUGUUCUUUUGGAUCAAAUUGGUUUCUCUGCUGAUGAUUUGCAAGAGCUGGUUCACUCAUUGUCCUAUGUGUACCAAAGGAGCACGACUGCCAUAUCAGUAGUUGCUCCGGUCUAUUAUGCCCACCUGGCAGCAUCACAGAUUUCCACGUUCGUGAAGUUUGAUGAAAUGUCGGAUACAGCAUCCAGCCACAGUGGUGGUGGCGGUGGUAGUAGCAGUGGUGGUGGUGGUUUCACCCAGAUUCCCAAGUUACAUGAGAAUGUAUGCAGUUCGAUGUUCUUCUGUUGAACACCCAAGUAAUUAACAGGCAGGGGAUGAUUUAUGAAACUUUGUUGUGCAUUUCUAUCUGGUUUGAGAAUUAGGAGUUAAGACUUAAGACAGAUUGUGUGAACAUUUUAUCUACUAUCAAGUUUAUCUUAUUUGGUAUUGUGGGCAAAACAUAUUCAAACU